GUGAAGUUUAUCUGAUAUCAUUUGAAUGCAUACAGAAUUAAAAGCAAAAUGCCUUCUUGCAUCGAUCAAAAUCAAAUACUUGGCCGAAAAUAAGUGAAAGAAAAGAACAAUACGAACAAACAGCUUAUCUUAAAGAGAAAGAAAUAGUGUUGACUAUCGACGCAAUGUUGUGAUAAGUGAUCCCAUUUAUUUCGAUAUGAUUUUAUUUGAAAAUAAACAAAACCAAUAACCCCAUUCGAUUUUCUCGUUUUUUCCAACUUUAUCGACACUGUUGUUUUUAAUAUUCUAUGAUUUCUUGCACUGUUUAUUUCUGGAAUAGAAAAAUUAUACAUCGUCAUUUAUUCGAAGUUUAAAUUUUGAUCGAGAAUUGAACGUUAAAUUAAAGUGAGAAUUUUUGUCAAAUAUUUGUGAAAAUGCUAAAAAUGGGAGUUAAGAAAAAACAUGAUCAUGAAAGUGGUUUUUUUGAGGAAAAUUUAUGCGAACCAACCAAAUCAAAUCGUAAUUUACAAAGCGAAUGGGUUCAUUCUUACCAAAAUCAAUCAACACGAAACACGCCGACCGCACAGCAAAAUAACGGUGAUUCAAAUUAUUUGAAUAAGCCAAUGGAUUUACUUGAAAUCGCCCGCGACAUAAAUACAAAUAACAAAAAUUACGGCCACUAUCUAUCAAUGUAUGAUCGCGAAAAAAUGAGCUCAACCGGUGAAAGUAAAAGCAAGCAUAGUUCACGUAAUCGUACAUGUAGGCAUCAAGUAGAAAGUAGCUCAAAUACUGUUUCACACACAAUUGUCAUCUCAGAUGAAGAAGAUGAUGAUGAGGACACACAUAAUGCGCACAACCAGGCUAAUGAAAGUUUUUAUAUGACAAAAAGCAACGGACAGCACAAUAAACGAGCCUCAGAUGAAAUAGUGGAUAUAACAGAUGAUGAGGAAAACGAGGAGAAUGAUAACGAUGAAGAAAGAUACGAAUCAAAAAAAGGUUACAAAGGCAAUCACAAGCAUCAAGGAUAUCGUGGCAAGAAAAGUGAUCAAGUCAGCAGUUUCGUGACAGAUGAUAAACAUACACGCAGCAACAGAUCAAACGAAAGGGUUGCAGGCAGCGAAACGCUUGCUAAAGAGAUCGAGCAAGCAUCAACAAUCCGACCACAAGCAAAUCUCCGAGAAAGCGAUAAAGUGAAUUUAUCACACUUCGAAUUGAUUCAAGUCUUGGGUACUGGAGCUUACGGAAUUGUCUUCCUUGUACGAAAGAAAGGUGGCAAAGAUGAUGGCCAAUUAUAUGCAAUGAAAAUCUUGAAGAAAUCAGCUAUAGUACAAAAAGUGAAAACUGCUGAACAUACAAAAACGGAACGCCAGGUACUUGAAGCUAUUGGACGUAGCCCAUUUUUGGUAUCAAUGCAUUACGCCUUUCAAACAGAAUCGAAACUCUACUUAGUAUUAGAUUAUGUAAGUGGUGGUGAGCUAUUCACUCAUCUAUAUAAGCGUGAUCACUUUACGGAAGAUGAAGUGCGAAUUUUCAUAGCCGAAAUUGUGAUAGCAAUUGAACAACUUCACAAAUUAGGGAUUAUCUACAGGGAUAUAAAAUUAGAAAAUAUUUUACUUGAUUCCGAUGGCCACAUAGUCGUUACUGAUUUUGGGCUAUCAAAAGAACUGACCAAAGAAUCGAAUGGCAGAUCAUACAGUUUUUGUGGAACAAUGGAGUAUAUGGCACCAGAAGUAGUACGUGGGGGAAAGAGCGGACAUGAUGUUAGUGUUGAUUGGUGGUCAGUUGGUGUCCUUUGUUAUGAACUUCUUACAGGUGCAUCACCAUUUACCAUUGAUGGGGAUCCAAAUAAACAAAAUGAAAUUUCAAAACGAAUCUUAAAAGCAAGCCCUCCCAUGCCAGAGAUCAUUCGCGAAGACGCUAGUGAUUUAAUAACCCGAUUGUUGAACAAAGAACCAUCAAAACGUCUCGGAACCGGUUCAAAAGGGCCUGAUGAAAUCAAAGCUCAUCGUUUCUUCAAAGGAAUUGAUUGGGUUAAAUUGGCGAAAAAAGAAAUCGAUGCUCCAUUUAAACCAAAUAUUCAACAUCGAUUAGAUACAAGUAACUUUAGUGAUGAUUUCACCAAAAUGCCAGUAGUAGACCAGCCAUGCAAACCCCCAGCUAAUCAUGAACGAUUAUUCAGAGGGUUUUCAUUUGUUGCACCUGAUCUUCUCGACGGAUAUGACUCGAAGAAUUUGGAUAGGAAGCCAAAUAUUGAAGAAGUCAUUGAGUAUAAUGAGAAGAAUGGAUCAUUUUACAAGAAAUAUACGUUUGAGGGUACUCAACCAAUCGGUGAUGGUUCAUUUUCAAUAUGUAUGAAAUGUAUUGAUAACGAUUCGGAAAAAGAAUUUGCGGUUAAGAUACUGCGAUCAAAUCAAAAUGUUGAUUCUGAAAUUGAAGCACUGAAAAUAUGCCAUGGCCAUCCAAAUAUCGUCAGUAUUGUUGAAGUAAUAAGAGAUAGUGCGUUCACGUAUAUUGUUACUGAAUGGCUUGCUGGUAGAGAACUCUUCAAAUACGCACAAGAACAGCAACUAAAUGAAAGUGAGGUGCGUGUCAUUUUCAAAGAAAUUCUACAAGCUGUUACACACAUGCAUUCACAUAAAAUUGCACAUCGAGAUUUGAAACUGGAAAAUAUCAAAUUCACCAGUAACAAGGCCAGUAUGACAAAUAUCAAAAUUUUAGAUUUUGGAUUUGCUUGCAACAUGAACGGCGAUAAGAAUGAAAUGGAAGUGGAUCGCUAUACGCUGGACUAUGCAGCUCCUGAAAUUUUGUCGAAAAAAAAAUACACCGAAUCUUGUGAUUUAUGGUCAUUGGGUGUAAUUUUAUACGCAUUAUUGUGUGGUGGCAUGCCAUUCCGUCGAAAUGGCAUGAGUAAUGAUGACAUCUCAAACAUCAGAGAAAAAAUUAAAUACAACAUUAUACACGGAUCAAUUGACUGCCGCAAUGAUCAAUGGGCUUCGCUUAGUAAAUCUGUCAAGGACCUAAUACGACGACUUUUGACUGUAUCUCCAGAAAAGAGAAUCAAGCUAUCGGAAAUUUUUGAACAUGCCUGGCUGAAUUCCACGGAGAUUGAUCCACCAAGUGCGAUUCUAGUUUCGACAAAAACAGAUUCAAAACAAAGGCAACACACUUUAUCAAAUCUAGCUGAUGGACAGACUGGAAUAAUCACACGGAAAAAGCGAGGUGACCGAUCAAAUACAAAAUACUCUUCAGUUGCCAGUACAGAUGCAUUGGUGGAAAGUACUACAAAUGAAUUGAGUUACAACAAAAUUUCGACCGAAGUUAACCACACAAUUGAUGUAUCAGAUCAAUGUAGUUGGUCAACAAGCAAUGAACCCACAAAUCCAAUCAAAAAUAGUGUCAAUGGCGAUGAGGUAUACAACGAUCAUGUGAUUGACGAAAAGAUGGAUGACAUUGACAAUAACAACGAAAAAAUUAUUGAUCAAGAUGAUCAAGAAGAUUCAAAUCGUCAUCAAAUGUUCUCUAGUGAUCUGGUAAAUUCUCCAGUAUAUGAGGAGAUCGCUAUUGAUGAGCCACAAGAAUAUAUCGACAUUUUGCCAACACUAUCAAUCUUGGAUGAUGUGAACAACGAUAGUUUUGAUGAGUUCAGUGAUGAUGAAGAAAUCGAUAAACUAUACGGUUUUCAAACAUGCGAUUCAGCACUGAUGUUGAGCUUGAAUCGAUCAAUGGACCUGAAAACAUUUUCCCGUUAUCAAUCACCGCGCUGGUAUCCAAAUCGAUCAAUAACACCAUUCAGAAAGCGAAACUAUCCCGAUAUGAUGAAAUCCAUCUUUAACACAUUUACCAACAAGAUUGAUGAUAGUAUCGAAACUGCAUCUCGAGGUGGGCCAAAGCGUCGACGUCAUCAAAAAUGUAAUCAAGCUCAAUAAAAAAAGUGGUUAGUUAAAAUGAGCAUUGCAGCUGAAAAAUUAAAUUAUGUGAAUUAAAAACAUGUCUCACAACAAAUAUCCAUUAUAUCCACUAUACAAGAUGACUCAGACUUCAUACUGUUAUUCUUUUUAUUAUGUGACAAUGUAUUAUCUAAAAUAGAGAUAAAUUGAUACGACAAAGAGAAAUGUAAAGUCAAUUGCAAACGUUAAAGUGUACAUAAAAAUUAUGUAUUCCAUCUACAAAAUGGAAAACGUGUCAACUAGAUUUAUGUAAUAUAUUAUAGUUACAUGUUACAAAAAUCUCAAAAGAUUGAAUCAAUUUUCAAAAAAAGAAAGUAAAAAAAGCGUUUGAACUAACAACCUCGAAAACCUAGUUUUUACGCCACAAAGACUUACAAAGAAAAUACACAUUGUACACACAAUAGAUACCCUUUUCAAAUUAAAUGAAAAAUUAACAGAAACAGAAAAGUGCCUUUUCUAGUAAAAUAAAGAACAAAAAGGUGAAAAAUUAAUAAAAAGAUAAAACAGCAGCAACAAAAAUCUAUAUGUUUGUAAAUAUGAAUUAUAUUUAAUACGAUAAAUUAUUAAGCAUUUCUACUAAUUGAGUUCAGUAUGAAUGAACUUAUGGGAUUGGGAAAAAAUAUUUUGUUUUGAAGAUACUCUCAUAAUAGGAAAAAAGAAAUUCCAUCUCCAAGCGCAUUUCCAUUACUUAUGUUUUUGUUGCGUAUAAACAUUGAACAAUUCAUUGAAUUGAACUGAAAAAAAGAUUUGAAUGCAUAAUUUAAAAAGCAAAAAACAGAACAGAAAAAACAUAUUAUCUUAAUUUUACAUUAAAAAAAACAACGAUCACGGCGUAUUUUAAGUUAUAAAACAAUUGUUAUCAAUUAUAUAUCUUACCAAAAAAGAGACAUUGAUUCUAUCGAUAAAAUUAUCUAUUUUCUUAAGUACGGUCGACAGCAAUCGAAAUAGAAUAUAAUAAAAUUAUGCAAAUAAGAAAUGUUUGCAUUUAAUAUGCAAAUGGUA